UUGCUCGCCAGCGUCUUCGCCCUUCGCGCGUUCGCCUCUUCCUUCCGCCCCGAACCCCCGUCCUCUCCACCUACUCCAAAAACCCUACCACGUUCUCAACCACCCCCAUGGCGCCGCCACCGCCUCCGCCCCGCUUCCCCGCGUCUCCCACCUUCUCCGCCGGCGACAAGACGCGGACCAUGCUCCUCCAGGCGGCGAUCAACGGCGACAUCCGCUCCUUUACCAGGCUGGCGAGGGCGCUGGAUAAGGGCAGGGGCUGCCUCAAGGAUACCGUGGAGGGGGUGAGGAUCGAAGGCGACGCGUAUAUGAGGGGACUCGGGGCGCUGCACCUUGCCGCCGGCAACGGGAAUCUGGAGAUGUGCCGCUACCUGGUCGAGGUGUUGCGGGUCGAGGUGGACGCCCUCGACCACGGAGGUAAAACACCUCUGAUUCAGGCAAUAUACUUUGAGAGAGUGAACACUGCCAAGUAUCUUCUUGAUCAGGGUGCAAAUCAAGACAAAACCAGCUACGAUGGGUUUGCCCCCCUGCAUUGUGCUGCUGGAUUAGGAUGUUAUAAAAUCGUCAGACAAUUGCUUGAAAGAGGUGCUUACCCUGACCCUGUAAAUUGUUGUGGGACACCACUUCAUAUCGUGGCGGCCGAAUCUGAUGAUCGUUCUAUGAAGAUUUUAUUGGACCACAACGCAAAUUACAACAAGAUGGCAAAUGGUAUGACGCCUCUCUAUUUUGCUAUAAAUGCUACCUCAGUGAAAUGUGUGAAACUCCUGGUUGAGGCUGGUGCUGAUGCAAAUGGAGAUUAUUUCUUAACCGCUUUACGUGAUGCUCCUCCAAAGAGUGGCCCAAGUGAGUGCUUGAUGUGUGUACUGGGGAUUGGAGACGGCUGGUAUCCUCAUAAUGAUAGUGAGCCUGUGGAUAAAAGGAAACUAGUGGAGUUGAAGUCACGAGGGAGUAAGGCAGUUGGGAGAAGAGAUUUUCUGUCUGCUGCAGAAUCCUACAGUAUGGCAAUGGAGCUUGACCCUAACGAUGCAGCCUUGUUCUCAAAUAGGAGCCUCUGCUGGCUUCAGUUGGGUAGGCCUUUGCUCAGCUUGCUGGAUGCUCUUGAAUGUAGCAAAAGACGACCAGGCUGGCCAAAGGCCUUGUACAGGCAGAGCAAAGCUCUAAUGUCACUCAAGGAUUACAAGGGUGCGUGCAAGGCGUUUUUGGAUGCGCUGAAACUGGACACAGGGAAUGCUGAGAUCGAGGAUGGGCUGCGGAAAGCUUUGGAAUUCUUGAAGGUGUCUCAGAGUCAGAGCCCCAAGGUGAACUGAUCGAUAUAGAUAUAUCAUAUGCUAGUGUUGAUGCAGAUAGCUCGGAACACUUGCAGUUUUUAUGGGAACUUGCAUGGUUUUCAUGAGUUGAUACAUAUCCUCCUUCUGUAAGUUAACUGAUGUGUGCUAAAGCAAUCUGGAAGCACCUUCUGCGCAGUGAUGUAAUUAUCAUGGAACUGUUGGUUGCGCCUGUGUUGACAUGACUAGUUGACUCCAGAUACUUUACGGACCGAAGUGGAAGUGGUCUAUGGUGGUGUGGUCAUGCCAUGGAUAUUUUUGCGGAACCACAUGGUUUCUCUUACCACCUCCUGCCAAAAUAUGUUGCAUAUAUUUUUUGGUCUAAGUCAAAUAUGUAUGAUUUAAUUACUGGUACUUUA